AUGAACACUGCGAUAAUCCUUGUGACCCUACUGACGGCUCUAGCUGUCUGUCAGGAUCACGAUUACUGGGUUGACCGAGUCUGGGGGGAGCUGCAGCAGGCUGUGACGUGUGCAACCUGCGAGAUCCUGUUAGGCACAUUGAAGGCCGUGGCGCAUCAGGGCCCGGAUGUUCUGAGAGCAGUCUUGGAGGAGGUGUGCACGCAGGCCAAGAUUGCCGAUGCCGAUGUGUGCCAGGGCACCGCGGCCGCCCAAGCGCCCAGCGUCUUUUACAUCCUCGAACAGCUGCAGAUUGGAUCGGUGACCAGUCGGUUGAUGUGCGCCAGCUUGGGUCGCUUGUGUCCGUGGCCUGAGAUCGAUUUCAAUCUGACUCUGCCACCCGAGCCGUCGAGCCAGCCCAUCACGAGGAGCGUCAACGAUAAUACAAGGGAUGGCGAAAAUCGAACCGUCCGCGUGGUCCAUCUCAGCGACACGCACGUUGACCGCUUCUACACGGCGGGAGCCAGCUAUGCCUGCUCGAAACCCAUGUGCUGCCGGCCUUAUACAGCGGCCGAUGCGCCCAACAGCACGCUCUUCCCCUGCGGUGACUGGGGGGGCAAUCCCCGGUGCGAUCCUCCCAUUCGCCUCCUGACUGACAGUCUAUUACCCGUCCUGCAGGGCCUUCAGCCUCCGCUGGCCUUCACGUUGUUCACCGGAGACGUCGUCCCCCACGAUUUCUGGCUUACCAGUCGAGCCUCCGUCGAAGCCGACUACAACACCACGUAUACCGCCCUGCAGCCCCUCACCCGCCAGGGACCCGUCUAUCUCGCCAUCGGCAACCACGACACCUCUCCGAUCAACAUCUACCCAGUCUCUUCCACACCAUCCUCAAAUCUGACGCCGCAAUGGGCCUACGACCUCUUCGCCUACUGGUCGAACCGCCUCUCCCUCCAACCGAGCCUACCAUCACCA